AUGAACCAUGGUCUAGAACAGGUGCUUCACGAACCGACCCGUGAGAGGAACUUGUUGGACCUGAUUGUCACCUCCCAUCCAGUAAUGUGUCACCAAACGGGCACCUUAGCUCCCCUUGGUGACUCUGAUGAUCUUACAACAGCAACUGCGCUCAACCUAAAGGCAAACCACCACAGCGGAAAACGCCUCGUCUGGUUGUAUAGCAAAGCGAACAUUGAAAGCCUUCACCAACACAUUGCAGCCGCCCCCUGGGAUAUCAACCACGUUUUUGACUCCAUGGACGACAUCUGGGAUUCAUGGUACAACAUGUUCAUUGCCAUAUGCAAACAGCACAUCCCUCACAAGUUUGUCUCUACCACUAGGACAGCAAAGCCUUGGAUACAUUCUAACAAUGAGAUCAAAACAGCUAUCCGUAGAAAACACCGCCUACACUCCAGAGCGAAACGGAUAAAUACUGAGGUAACGUGGGCCACCUACAGAAGACAAAGAAAUCUAGUGACUGCACUCACAAGAAGGGCCGAGUCAGCUUACAUUGAGGAACUCGUGAAUGAUGUGGAGACUGGCAACACAAGGCGAUUCUUCAAAUAUGCUAAAUCUGCUCUGGGAAAUACCUCAACGGGUAUCCCAGCUCUUAAAGUCGGUUCAGCCAUACUGGAGACUCCAGAAGAAAAGGCUAAUGCCCUGAACAAUUUCUUCAUAAACCAGACUGAUCUUCCCGCUAGGAAUGACCCAGCUCCAACAUUUCACCCGACAACUGUCCAGGGAACAGUCUUGGAUUCUGUUCAGCUGUUCUACCCUGAAAGAGAGUUACAAGGCAGCAAACCCAACAUUGUUUUCAUCUUAGCGGAUGACUACGGCUGGGAUGAUAUUGGCUACCACGGGUCAUUCAUACAAACUCCGAAACUUGACAGGCUGGCAAAAGAGGGAGUAAAACUAGAAAACUACUAUGUUCAACCAAUAUGCAGUCCCUCAAGAUGUCAACUGAUGACAGGCAGGUAUCAGAUUCGUUAUGGAUUGCAGCAUAGUGUUAUCACUAGUGACCGACCUCAUGGACUACCCUUAGAUGAAGUCACCCUUCCCCAGAAAUUAAAGGAAAACGGAUAUAGCACCUACGUUGUGGGCAAAUGGCACCUUGGAUUUUUCAGAAAAGAACACAUGCCUCUUCAAAGAGGAUUCGAUAAAUUCUAUGGUUACUUGACAGGUGGUGAAGACUAUUGGACUCACAGGAGGCCAAAUCUUUACGCCAAAGAUCCGUUAGCAUUUCAUGGACUGGAUCUGCGAGACCAAGACAAGCCUGUGUUGGAUCAGAACGGAACAUACUCUACCCAUCUAUUUGCUAAAAAAGCAAUCGAAAUUAUUCAGAACCACGAACGGAGCAAGCCGAUGUUUCUGUACCUGCCCUUUCAAGCCGUGCAUUCACCUCUCGAAGCACCUACAGAGUACGUCGAGAAAUACAAGGACGUUAAAAACCCUCUCGUUAAGACAUAUGCGGCCAUGGUGUCAGCGAUGGAUGAAGCAGUUGGAAAUGUUACUGACGCUUUAAAAAGGACAAGACUAUGGGACAAUACUGUUCUUAUUUUUUCUACAGACAAUGGAGCAAGGCGAAACGCUGGAAGUAAUUGGCCCUUAAGGGGUUGGAAAAAUACAUUAUGGGAAGGGGGAGUACGAGGUGUUGGAUUUGUCACCAGCAAGCUACUAAGAAAAGGAAAACGAAAAUGUGAUGCUCUUAUUCACAUUUCCGAUUGGUUUCCUACCUUACUUCGCAUCUCUCGUUCAGUUUCGAACGGCACAAAACCAUUGGAUGGGUUUGACAUCUGGGACACAAUAAGCUCGGGAACACCCUCUCCGAGGAAAGAAAUCCUCCAUAACAUUGAUCCUCUUCAUCCAAAAACGGAUUUAUCCUCGUUGGAUUCACUCCAUGAUCAUAUAUUCAACCCAUCUGUUUACGCUGCCAUCCGAUCUGGAGACUGGAAGUUAUUGACGGGUGAUCAAGGCCUUGGCGGAUGGAAAUAUUCGGGUACAUCAGGAAACAAAUAUGAAGAUGCCGUCGAACCCCCGAAUAAACAUCUGUGGCUGUUCAAUAUUCGCAGUGACCCACAGGAGAGAAAUGACCUGUCUGUUCAGUACCCAGAUGUUGUACAAGAGCUGUUGGAGAGGCUAGCGGCAUACAACAAGACUGCUUUGCCUCCAUUUUGGCCCUCUCGUGACCCCAGGGCUAAUCCUGCUUUACAUGGAGACCUCUUUGGACCCUGGCUCUAG